UUGGUCGUUGUUCAAUGUAUGUCUUUAACUGUCUAUAGUUUCUCCAUGCGUUUGUCGAGCCCACCAUUGUGUUCAGACUAACAACUUGUUUCAUAUCGUUAAUUUUCUAAAUUUUUAGAGGCCUCUACGCUUUCCGCACGCGGGGGCAGUUUAUUUGGAAGAUGUCUCGUGCGAGUUUGAGCUGCCCGGGCUGCGGCUCCUCAAACAUUGUAGACGAUAAUCUCUACUGCCAGAGCCAGCUGGUGUGUGUGGACUGCGGCUCUGUGGUGUCCGAAGGAGCUCUGGUCGCCGGCGAUGACUACGCCGGAGGAUCAGAUGUCAGCUACAGCCGAUCCACCGCUGUGGCCAAAAAGCCGUGUAUGAACCUAAUAAAAGGCAUACAGCGUGUCAAAGCCAUAUGUCGGAUUCUCAGGGUCAACAGUGAGAUUGAGGAUCUCUCGCAGACCUAUUACAACCAGGCCUAUCAGCAUGAAAGUUUCAUCAGAGUGAGCCUCCAGAAGAAAGAGGUUCUCGCUGGUUGCUGUGUGCUUGUAUGCUGCAGACUGCUAAAUUGGCCCAUAACCAUGGGAACCAUCAGCUGUCUGCUGGAUGCCGACCCAAUGGCGGUGGGAAUGGUUUACCAAGAGAUGGUCAAGAUUCUCAAGAUUGAGCCUCCGAUCAUCAACGUCACAGAAGUGAUGGAGGCCCACAGUCUGGAGUACAAAAUAAGCUCACUUCAAGUUCCUGAACAAUAUGCCGAAAACUCUAAGGACUUGAGUAAACGUGCCGUGGCCCUGGUGGAGCUGGCAGCAGAUUCCUGGAUAGUGACUGGCCGUAGGCCCAUCCCCAUCAUGAUGGCCGCCAUCUAUCUGUCCUGGCAGUCCUUAAAACCCAACAAGCAUCGCCUGAAGUGCUCUCUGGAAAAAUUCUGUCAGAUUGCCAAAGUGAAUAAGCACAGGCCUGCUUCCAAGAGAAUAACUGAGAUGAAGAAGGUGCUGUGUAAGCUCGGUAAAGAGAUACCUUGGGUCAGAGACGCCGUGACGCCAGACAAUGUUGUUCGGCAGGUGGAGGAUAUUCUAACGCACAGGUACGCCCUGCUUAGGAGGGCUCUGAGAACCCACGAGGAAGCUCUGGUGGCAGAGUGUCAAGCCAGCAGUGAGGACUCAGUCACUGAGGAGACUACACCCACCCAAAUCUCUGAGCUUGUAGAGAAGAAUCCAAAUGCAUCCCCUUUGGAACAAUGUGAACUGAAGGCGGAACAUCACACAUCCCUUCUGUGUGAUGCGGGGACAUUUUGUUUGGUUUCGCACAAUAAGACAAACUUUUAUUCAAAUAGGCCUUGUUCACACAGGACAUAUUGACAUGUCACAGUAAGGAAAGCACAGAUAUAAAUUACUUUGUAAUUACUGUUGGUUGAAUUCCAUUUAGCUGCUUCACUGUGUUAGGGCUUACUGGACAUUUGAAUAGGACAGAGUCAUUGUUAAUGUUAACACCAGUGCUCUUCCUGCUGUUACUAAUCAAGACGUCUGCUGGCAAAAAGGUCUAUUUUGCUCAUUGUCUUGUGAACCUCAACCUGAUUUAUUCUUAAAGUUCGCAACUUGAAAUGGUUCAAAUUUAGCCUCUGUAUGUGAAGAACACUGAGGAAAACACGUUUUAGAUACAGCUAAAAGAACAUUGUGCUUACUUGUGCUUAAAUUUCACUGAAUAACUAGAAGGUUUGUCAUUCAACUGCAGGAAAUGUACGUCAUUGUUGGCAAGCACGCUGAAACGAUAUAAAUUCUCACUUUGUUUCAAUUUC